CGAUCGAAGAACUUGAGAAGAAGUACGCGGCGUACGUUAGACACGAUGUGUACGGGACCAUGGGGUGCGGAGCACUAUGGACGAGUCAAGUUUCACGGGGGAGCCACUCCCCGUCGCUAAGCUUCCAGGGGCUGAAGUGUCAGCAGGUAGUAUUAAUCUAAAUGGAGCACUUACUGUUGAAGUACAAAGGUCAGGAGGUGAGACCUUCAUGGGCGACAUUGUCCGUUUGGUAGAAGAAGCUCAAAGUAGAGAAGCCCCUGUUCAACGUUUGGCUGACAAGGUUGCUGGACACUUCACGUAUGGUGUAAUGGCAAUUUCAACUGCCACAUUUGUGUUUUGGAGUACUGUUGGUGCAUGUAUAUUACCAGUCGCUUUUCAGCAAGGAAGUGCCAUGUCAUUAGCAUUGCAGCUCUCAUGUAGCAUUUUGGUUGUUGCUUGUCCAUGUGCAUUGGGUUUAGCAACGCCUACUGCUGUGCUGGUUGGAACUUCACUUGGUGCCACAAAAGGAUUGCUUUUGCGUGGUGGAAGUAUCUUAGAGAAGUUUUCAGCGGUCAACACAAUUGUUUUUGACAAAACAGGGACAUUGACCAUUAGCAAACCUGUUGUCACAAAAAUAGUGACCACUGCAUCUGAUGAGCAUUUCGAGUGAGUAUUGAUCUGUAUCC